AGGUACGUCUCAGGCAGCGCGAAGAUGGCAUACGAUGACCUGCUGAAGCACUUGGGCGACUUUGGUCGGUACCAGAAGCGAACUUACUUUCUGCUUUGCCUAACAUCUAUUACCUGCGCUUUUCAUCGCCUCUCCACCGUAUUUAUAGCACCAAAGGCGUUACACAGGUGCUUAAUGCCAUAUGAAACUGCUGGAAAUGCGAAUUUUACGCUGCCAGUCGACCGUCCGGUCAACCUCAGCCUCCCCUGGGACGAAUCGACCGGAAACUGGUCCCAGUGCCUCAGACUAGAUGCAAAUUUUACUGAGCAGUACUUCCAAGACGGGCUGCCAAAUUCUGAAACGGUUCCAUGCCAAGAUUGGGUGUUCGACCACUCAAAAUACAUGUCCAGCUUAGUUUUCGAGUGGAAUCUGGUUUGUGACAAAGGAUGGCUCAGGUCCUUGGCUGACACGGUUUUCAUGCUGGGUAUUUUAAUUGGCGCCGUGGUAUUUGGCCACCUUUCAGACAGGUACGGCCGCAAGCCGAUUUUCUUUUUCUCGCUGGUUCUCCAAGUGGUCGGCGGAGUGGCCGCCGGUUUUGCGCCUGAGUUCUUACCCUUUGUCCUGGCCCGACUCUUCCUCGGAAUGUCUACCUCAGGCGUCACCCUGGUUGCUUACAUCAUAGGUAUGGAGAUGGUGAGUCCGUCCAAGAGAAUAUACGCUGGCGUUAUAAUCUACUACUUCUUCACCAUCGGCUACAUUUUCACUGCGUUUAUCGCCUACGCCAUCAAGGACUGGAGACAACUGCAGAUCGCCCUCUCCCUCCCUGGAAUCGCCUUUUUCGUUUACUGGUGGUUCAUCCCUGAGUCGGCGAGGUGGCUGUUAGCCAAGGGAAGAGACGCGGAGGGCGAGAAGAUUUUAAAGAAAAUAGCCAAGGUGAACGGCAUCGACCUUUCAGACGGGACGCUUGACAAGUUCCUGAGGGACAGCCAGCAGGAGGACGAAAAGUCAGAGCAAACGCGACAGGCCUCAAUUUUCGAUCUAUUCAAAUACCCAAACCUGAGACGCAAUUCCCUCAUCAUAUUUUUCCUUUGGUUUGUCAACAGCUGCUCGUACUACGGUUUGUCGUGGAACGUGUCUAAUUUGGGCGGCAACGACUACCUCAACUUUCUUAUUUCCGGGCUGGUCGAGAUUCCCGCCUACACCUUCAUUCUGUUCGCCCUGGAUCGGCUUGGUAGGAAAGUAACGCUCUGUGGUUCCAUGUUGGUCGGCGGCUGCGCCCUUCUCCUUUGCAUCCUUGUUCCCGACGACUGCUCCUGGCUUCUGAUAACCCUGGCAAUGAUCGGGAAGAUGGCCCUGACUGCAUCAUACGGCGUCGUCUAUUUAUUCUCCGCGGAGCAAUUUCCAACGGUUGUGAGAACCGCAGCCAUGGGAGUUAGCUCGACCGCAGCACGAUUAGGCGGAAUUUUAGCUGCCUUUAUUUACGAUUUGGCCGACGUGUGGAAGCCACUGCCCUUGAUAGUAAUCGGCACUCUUGCCCUCCUGGCAGGUGUUUCGUCCCUCAUCCUGCCGGAAACCCUUCACAAAACCCUGCCUGAGACAAUUGAAGAUGGCGAACAGUUUGGAAGGCGUAGCAAUAAGGAAGUGAAAAAUGAAGUAAUCGAAGCUGCGCGAGAAGAAGCAGGAAAAUAAUGGGAAUUUUGUGUAAAACCCGCGUUUUUAACAAAAUCAACAACCAUUUUACUAAAAUUAAUAUUUUAUAUCAAAUUUCCCUAUAUCGUUAAUUAGAAACUGUGAAUGGCGUCUAUAUAUUAUGUGUUGCAACGGAAUUUCAUAUUUGUAUGUAACAGUAUUGACUCUAAAUAAAAAGUCAUCGAACAAUUCA